AUGUCCCGCCGUUACGAUUCCCGAACGACCAUCUUCUCGCCCGAGGGCCGUCUCUACCAGGUCGAAUAUGCACUAGAAGCCAUCUCCCACGCCGGCACAGCCAUCGGCAUCCUGGCCAAGGAUGGCAUUGUCCUGGCCGCCGAGCGAAAGGUGACGUCGAAGCUGCUGGAGCAAGACACGUCGGCAGAGAAGCUCUACGUGCUCAACGACAACAUGAUCUGCGCAGUAGCAGGCAUGACGGCCGACGCAAACAUCCUCAUCAACUACGCCCGCCAGGCCGCCCAGCGAUACCUCCUCACCUACAACGAAGACAUCCCCUGCGAGCAGCUGGUGCGCAAGCUGUGCGAUCUGAAGCAGGGCUACACACAACAUGGUGGUCUGCGGCCGUUUGGCGUCUCCUUCAUCUACGCCGGCUGGGAUCCCCGGAGGCAGUUCCAGCUGUACCUCAGCAAUCCCUCGGGCAACUACGGCGGGUGGAAGGCCACCAGCGCGGGAGCCAACAAUGCCAGCGCGCAGAGUCUGCUGAAGCAGGACUACAAGGAGGACUGCACCCUUAAGGAGGCGUGCGGCGUGGCCGUCAAGGUGCUGAGCAAGACGAUGGACUCUACCAAGCUGAGCAGUGAGAAGAUUGAAUUUGCGACGGUGGGACAGACAGAAGACGGCAAAAUCUACCAUCGGCUGUGGAGCGCAGACGAGAUCACGGCGCUGCUGAAAGAACACGAUUUGGCCAAGAGCGAGGAUGCGGAGGAGAAAUAG